AUGGCGCCGGAUCUCAUUGUAUCGGCAUCUGACACCCUACCGGACAUUGAACGUCAAAAUUCUUCAUCGACGCGAAAAGCUAUCCAUAAUGCCCAAGCCGCUUCCGAUACAGAGCAUAAGAUGACCUUGCUGCAGGGAAUCAGAACUUAUCCCAAGGCAAUCGCGUGGAGUGUUCUCAUUUCCACAUGUAUCGCGAUGGAGGGCUAUGAUGUCUGUCUUGUUAAUAAUUUCUACGGGUUUCCUCCAUUUCGACACAAAUACGGCGAACAGAUGCCAGAUGGCUCUUUUCAAGUGACUGCUCCAUGGCAAUCUGGCCUUAGCAACGGCGCAUAUGUUGGAGAAAUCAUUGGCCUCUUCAUCAAUGGAUGGGUCUCAGAGCGAUUUGGAUACCGCUAUACAAUUAUGACCUGCCUAGUCCUUAUAACAGCAUGGACGGCCAUCUUUUUCACAGCACCAAAUAUCAAAGCUCUGCUUGCAGCUGAGAUUCUCUGUGGCAUCCCAUGGGGUGUUUUCCAGACACUAACUGUGACCUAUGCCUCUGAAGUUUGCCCUGUUGUUCUGCGAGGAUAUCUCACAACAUAUGUCAACUUCUGCUGGGGUCUAGGACAACUUAUAGGGAUUGGAGUCAUUAGAUCCAUGUUGUCUCGGGAUGACCAAUGGUCAUACCGGAUACCAUAUGGAUUGCAAUGGAUGUGGCCUCUUCCUCUCUUUAUUGGAAUCCUUCUUGCCCCGGAGUCGCCAUGGUGGUUGGUCAGAAAAGGGAGAAUAGACGAUGCUAAAAAAGCACUUCUACGCUUGACCAAUGCUGAUUCAGAUACGGAUUUCAAUGCCGAUGAAACAAUUGCUAUGAUAAGCUACACUACUAAGCUUGAAGAGAGGCUUUCGGAAGGGGCCGCAUAUUUCGACUGUUUUAAAGGAACCAACCUACGACGAACAGAGAUUGUUUGUCUUGUAUGGGCUAUCCAAAAUCUCAGUGGCAAUUCCUUUUCCAAUUAUUCUACAUACUUUUUGGAACAGGCAGGAUUGUCAGCGUCCAAGUCCUACUCCUUUGCAAUGGGACAGUACGGCAUCAAUAUGGUUGGCGUCAUCGGUGCAUGGUUCCUCAUGUCCCUAGGAAUUGGUCGAAGGACGCUAUACCUCUAUGGUCUCUGUGGACUAUGCUCCAUGCUAUUCAUCAUGGGUUUGCUUGGCCUGGUUCCGAGCGCACACAAGGAGCAAGCGUCACUUGCUACGGGUUGUAUUAUGAUUGUCUGGGCCUUAUUCUAUCAGCUUUCCGUCGGAACUGUGGCCUACUCGCUCGUGGCAGAAAUCUCUACUCGCCGGUUACAAAUCAAGACCGUUGUCCUGGGCCGCAAUUUAUACAAUAUCGUUGCUAUAAUAUGCGGUGUGUUAACUCCAUACAUGCUGAACCCGGGCGCCUGGGAUUGGGGGAACUACGCAGGCUUUUUCUGGUCCGGAAUUUGCUUCCUCUGUGUCAUAUACACGUUCUUCCGAGUCCCAGAGACAAGCCAUCGCUCUUUUGCUGAGCUUGAUCUGCUUUUUGAGGGGAAAAUCAACGCCAGGAAGUUUGCCAGCACCCAAGUCGAAGUAUUUGAGGAGACUGGCAAAGCUUGA